AUGGGAGGAUCUGCUGUCUACCUGCUGGCUGUCUUUGCAUUCAGCUUAUCAGCCCUGUCUCACGGCCAGCCGCUAUGCACGUUGAUCACCCCAAGUGUCCUGCGUGUGGAGAGCGAAGAGAUGGUGAUUGUGGAAGCUCAUGGCCACCAUAGCCCGAUCGAGGCGAGGAUCACCGUGUACGACUUCCCACAGAAGAAAAGUGCCUUGGUUUCGACCACAGUCAGCCUGAACCCUGAAAACGGCAUGAUGAACUCUGCCAAAAUUAAGGUUCCUGCUCAGCUACUGCCAAAAGAUGCCCAGAAGAAGGAAUAUGUCUAUAUCGAAGCCAAGAGCAGCCUGUUCACCUUAGAGAAGGUGGUUCUGCUUUCAUUCCACAGUGGCUACAUCUUCAUCCAGACGGAUAAGACCAUCUACACGCCUGGGUCUACAGUGAAGUACCGGCUUUUCACUGUGGGUCACAUGUUGGACCCCAACUUGAAGGUGGUUUCUGUGGAGCUCAUGAAUCCAGAUGGGAUUAUUGUAGAGAAGAACACGGUGUCCUCGAUGGACCAAGGCGGCAUCAUCUCCAGGAGCUACAAGAUCCCUGAUAUCGUGAACAGCGGAGUGUGGAAGAUUGUCUCCAAGUACGAGCAUGCCCCUCAGGAGGCCUUCACCGCGGAGUUUGAAGUCAAGGAAUACGUGCUGCCUAGUUUCGAAGUGACGCUGGAGCCUUCUCAGAAGUUCUUCCUCAUUGAUCAGAAUGAGCUUAGUAUCGACAUUACAGCCAAGUUCCUGUAUGGGAAGCCAGUUCAAGGCCAAGCCUAUGCGCUCUUUGGCGUGAUGGUGGAUAAUGAGAAAAGGAGCAUCGUGAACUCACUCAACAAAGUCCCAAUCAAGGAUGGCAAAGGCUGUGCUAAACUAACCAAAGAAAUGUUACACAGCAGGUUCCGCAACCUCAGAGAGCUUCUUGGCCACUCAAUCUAUGUGACAGUGACAGUGCUGACGGACACUGGGAGUGACAUGGUGGAGGCUGAGAUAUCUGGGAUCCGGAUUGUGACCUCCCCCUACAAAAUCCUCUUCUCCAGAUCUGCUACGUACUUCAAACCCGGACUUCCCUUUAACCUGGUGGUCUCCGUGGUGAAGGCAGACGGCUCCCCCGCCCCCCAGGUCCCCGUGCGCAGCGGAACAGGUGCCAGCGGUUUGACACAGGCUGAUGGGACAGUGCAGCUAGCGAUCAACACCCCGGCAGACGCAUCUCAGCUCUCGGUGAAGGUGGAAACUGUGGUUGCCAACCUCCGGCAGGAGCAUCAGAGCUCGGCGGUCUGGGCCAUGGUAGCCUACGGGUCGCAAGGGGGCUCAAGGAACUACCUGCACAUCUCGGUGCCAGCCACUCAGCUCCAGCCGGGGAACAUCCUGCCUGUGAGCUUCAGCCUAUGGAACAGUAACGCUGACGUUCAGAGGCAGAUCCACUAUUUCACCUACCUGAUCCUGAACAAAGGGAAGAUUGUCCGGGCUGGAAGACAAGCCAGGCAGGUGGGACAAACUCUGGUGACUAUGUCCCUGCCCAUCACUCCAGACCUCAUCCCUUCUUUCCGCAUCGUGGCUUACUACCAAGUAGGGCAGAAGGAGAUCGUGGCAGACUCGGUCUGGUUGGACGUCCAGGACUCCUGUAUGGGAACGCUGAAGGUAACAGGCGCAACGGAGCAAGACAAUGAUGUCCAGGUGCCAGGUGGGAAGAUGAAUCUCCGAGUGAAGGGAGAUCCCGGAGCCAGGGUCGGGCUGGUGGCUGUGGAUAAAGCUGUGUACGUGUUAAACAGGAAAUAUAAGUUCUCCCAAGCCAAGAUCUGGAACACACUGGAGAAGAGCGACAUCGGCUGCACGCCCGGCAGCGGCAAGGACCACGUGGGGGUGUUUGCAGACGCUGGGCUGCUGCUUCAGACCAACGUUGGCAUUGAGACGCCCCAGCGGGCAGAGUCCCGCUGCUCCCAGCCCACUCGGCUUCGGCGUUCACCCCUGAUGUCGAAGAGAAAAGCUGACAAAGUGAGGCAAUAUCCAAGCCAGCACCUGCGGAAGUGCUGCCAAGACGGCAUGCAAGAGAACCCCAUGGGCUACUCCUGCGACCGACGAGCCAAGUACGUCCUGGAGGGUGGCGAGUGCGUCCAAGCCUUUCUCGACUGCUGCAAACACAUCUUCGACUGCUGCAAGCGCAUCGUGGAGAGGCUCCCCAUGCCCCCCAAGAGGAGCGAAGAGCCUGUGGAUGAAGUCGUAGAGGACGAGGAGUACCUGGCGGACGAGGACAUCGUCUCCAGGAGCCAGUUUGCCGAGAGCUGGCUCUGGCAAAUGGAGCUGCUGCCGCAGGAGGCCGAUCCGGACGGGCUGGCUUCCAGAACGGUGCCGGUGUACCUGGAGGACUCCAUCACCACCUGGGAGGUGCAGGCCGUGAGCCUCUCCGGGACAAAGGGGAUCUGCGUGGCCGACCCUUAUGAAAUAACGGUGAUGAAGCAGUUCUUCAUUGAUCUCCGGCUGCCCUACUCCGUGGUGCGGAACGAGCAGGUGGCCAUCCGAGCCGUGCUGUACAACUACGCGCCCCGGGCUCUCCAGAUCCGGGUGGAGCUGAUGUACAACGAGAAGAUCUGCAGCUCCAGCAGGCGCGACAGCCGGUUCCAGCAAGAGCUGAUGAUCCAAGCCGGAGCCUCUCGAGCCGUCUCCUACGUGAUCAUCCCCCUGGAACUGGGGGAGGUGGAGAUCGAGGUGAGAGCGGCUGUCCAUGGGCUCCCCAUCGCAGAUGGAGUGAAGAAAAAGCUCAGGGUGGUGCCUGAGGGCAUGAAAAUAUUUAAGAACAUCAAGAGCGUCCUGCUGGAUCCUGCUGCCCGCGGCUCUGCCUCUGGGGAGCAGCUGGAGACAGUCGGGCCUGUGGACAUGAGUAACGUGGUGCCCAACACUGAGCCAGUGACCUUCGUCAGCGUGAAGGGGGACAUCGUGGGCGACACAGUGGAGAACUCCAUCGACGGCGCCAACCUGAAGCACCUGAUCCAGGUCCCGGCGGGCUGCGGGGAACAGAACAUGAUCGGCAUGACCCCCGCUGUCAUCGCCACCCACUACCUGGACAGCAGCCGGCAAUGGGAGAGGCUCGGGGUGGAUCGCAGGGCGGAGGCCAUCAAGUUCAUCACUCGAGGGUACACCCAGCAGCUGGCUUACCGGAAAGCAGAUAACUCCUAUGCGGCCUUCACAAACAGACCAGCGAGUACCUGGCUGACGGCCUACGUGGUGAAGGUCUUUGCCCUGGCCUACGAACUGAUCACUAUCGACCCCGAGGUGCUGUGCGGGGCUGUGAAGUGGUUGAUCCUGUACCGGCAGAAGCCUGACGGGGCGUUCCAGGAGGAUGCCCCCGUGAUCCACGGGGAGAUGGUGGGUGGGUACCAAGGUUCAGAGCCGGAUGCUUCUCUGACAGCCUUCGUUGUCAUUGCUAUGGUGGAGGCCAGAGACGUUUGUCAGCAGUAUGUGAAGAGCUUGGGGAGAACCAUCACGAAGGCUGGAGAUUACUUGACAAGGUGCGUGAAAGACCUGAAGAAACCCUACUCCGUGGCCAUCACGUCCUAUGCGCUGGCGCUGCUGGGCCACGCCGAAGCAGGAGAGAGGCUCAUGGCGUUUUCCACGGGGGGAACACACUGGGCCGACCCCCAGUCUCGUCUCUACUCCAUCGAAUCCACUUCUUACGCCCUGCUGGCCUUGCUGAAGCAGAAGAGGUUGGAGCUGACAGGGCCCAUUGUCCGGUGGCUGACGGAGCAGCGGUACUAUGGAGGAGGCUACGGCUCGACCCAGGCGACGAUCAUGGUCUUCCAGGCUCUGGCCCAGUACCAGAUGGAUGUGUCAGAAACCAAGGACAUGGCCCUGGACGUUUCCAUUAACCUGCCAGGUCGGAGCAGGCCGCUGCUCUGGAGGAUCAACAGGGAUAACGCCAUGGUGGCUCGGACAGAGCGGACCAAGCUGACUGAUGGCUUCACCAUCUCGGCCAAGGGACAUGGCAAAGGGACCCUGUCGGUGAUGACGGUUUAUUACACGCCCUUGACGGAGGGGGCGGCAGCCUGUAAGAAGUUUGACUUUAGCGUCUCUGUGCAAAGGGCUCCUAAUGCCAAGAAGCCAGAAGGGGCCCUGGACUCUGUGUUUAUCCAGAUCUGCAUGCGGUUUCUGGGAGCGGUGGACUCCACCAUGACCAUCCUGGACGUCUCCAUGCCCACCGGCUUCUCUCCGGACAUGGACGACUUGGAUAGGCUCACGAACCGUGUGGACAAAUACAUCUCCAAGUUUGAACUGGACACGGACCUGUCUGAGAGAGGCUCCCUCAUCAUCUAUCUAGACAAGGUGUCCAGCAAAGAGACGGAGUGUCUGAAGUUUAAAGCUCACCAGCACUUCAAAGUGGGUCUGAUCCAGCCGGCAGCCGUGACGGUGUACGAGUACUACUCCCUCGAAAACCGCUGCACAAAAUUUUACCACCCAACCCAAGACAGCGGCUUGCUGAAGGUGCUGUGUGAGGAGGACGCCUGCCGUUGCAUGGAAGAGAAGUGCAGCCUGAUCAGGAAAUUUAAACACCCCCCUGCUGACAUCUCCGUCCGCAUCGAAGCCGCGUGCGAGGCUGGGGUGGAUUACGUCUAUAAAGCUCAGCUGGUGAAGGUGCAGCAGAACGGGAUGUACAAUUACUUCACCAUGAGGAUCGUGCAGGUCAUUAAGGAAGGGACAGAGCAAAGCAUCCAGGGGAAGACCCGUCGAUUUAUCAGCCCAGUGGCUUGCAAGGCGACCCUGAACCUGCUGGAGAACAGGAGCUACUUGAUCUGGGGCCUCAGCAGUGACCUGUGGGACCUGAAGACUGAGAUGGCGUACUUGCUCGGGAGCGGCUCCUGGAUUGAGCUGUGGCCAAACCCCCUGGAAUGCCAGCAGGGACAUUUCCAGGCCCUCUGCAAGGGGCUGGAGGCAUUUGCCCAGCACAUGGUGACAAACGGCUGCCCUUCAUAGACUGAGAAGAUGAGGACCCAGGAAUGUCACCACCAGCUGUCCCCCUAUCUGUGGGGAGAUCUCCCUCAUAACCCCAUCUAUAGUGUAAAUCGGAGUCAUGGCAGACCCUCUAUACAUUUCACAACAGCAGGAGCAGGACUCACACCCUUCUGCAUGUAGUCCCCUACCUCUGGAUCUGCAGGAGACUCUCCUUCUGCUCAUAGCACAGGGCUUGACACACAGCUAUGCAGUUCAAAUUCCAGUUUUCCAUAACCCUCUAUUGAUCCUUGUAAUACAUCCUGCUCUGCAAUUUCUGGAGACAUUGAUCCAAGCUCUCUGGACAGAGGACAGAGAACGGAACCGUACCAUGUGCGGGUUGCCCCACCUCUGAGAUCCCCAAGGGCUCUGUCAUUUCCUUACGCUGUGGCACACUUCAACAGUCCCUGAACUGAACUGAUUACUCCUUUGUACAACACCUGUUGCAAUGACCUCCCUUGCCCGCCCCCCCCGAAUCCUCAAUCCAGAAACUUUGUGCCUCCCAAGGGAGCAAUCCUGAGGCAUCUGUCUGGGUUUGUACCUGUUUUAUCCCGAAUGUGAAUAAAGUUUUGCGGCAGCAGGGAAAUGGCUCUCAUAAAUCUCAGCACCCAGUAGGGGAGAUUUAUUUCAUGGCCUGCUCUAGACUGACUCCAAGCCCCCUAUAACACUAGGGAAACUUAAUGCCCUGUGUGGAUGCUCUAGACUGUAAGAUCUUUGGGGCAGAGACUGUCUUUUCAUUGUGUGGUUGUACAGUGCCUGGUACGGUGGGGUCCUGGGUGCUGUGAUCAUACAAAUAAUUUAAAAUAGCCUGGAAUAAAUCUUCAUUAGAAGCACCCUAAUACUUGCAGAAUAAAGUGACUUCUGGUCUGGAAUUAAGCAUCCACAGGAGCUUCUCCAGUCAGUUUCUCUGUAUAGACAAGGAAGGAUGAUGGUCUAGUGGUUAAAGUAUGGACCUAGGCGGUGGGAGCCCUGGAUUUAAUUCCCUCCUCUGUCCUCCUCUGAUCCCUGGGCAAGUCACAUGGCCUCUCUGUGCCUCGGUUCCCCCGCUGAACAACAGGGAAGACAGCACAGCCUCCCAGGGGGUCGAGGAUAAACCCAUUAAAGAGCGUGACGUGUUUGAGUUCCAGUGAUGAUAUAAGAAAUAGGGGUUAUUUCAUUACCAAGCUCGCCCCGUGCCCAGCCCUUCUUACGCAGCAGAAAGACGAAGGGGGAACAUUUUGGCUAAGAUUCCUGAGCACGGACCCAGCCUCGGUACAUCUGUGCUCCGACUGCAAUCCAACAACCCUAAGCAAUCUCUGCGGUAAUAGGCAAAGGACCCUCCCGUGCUGUUUUGCUGAGCAGUCUGGUUGGUUUUUGCUCAGAACGGGCACGUCUCAGCAAGUGGCGGUUUGUUUAAAGCCUUCCAUGAUCCAGAGGCUUGAUUCUCACUUGCCCUACCACCCCUUUGAUGUUGCUGUUGCAAAGUAAAGGGACCAUAAUGCUGAGAGAUCCCUCCUGGCAGAGGGCAUUGCUUGAGCUGCUAACUCCUUGAAGGACCUGACAUAGGGGAUGUGGUCAAGGUGGAGUGGGUAUGGCCAGCAUGAAAAACUAGCAAAACAGCUGUCCAGAUUAGUCAGUGGUGUGCUAGCCACACCCCCUUGGCCUUGGCCAUGUCCCUCAGGCCAAGGGCCACACUUGUGCUCCACAUCACUGCAGGGAAGCCCUGGUGGCUGUUCAGUGUGUAAGUUAGAGUAGCCUCAAGGCUGCUGUAAACUAUGCGGGAAGGGGCAAAAAUGGUGUAAACCCACCUCUGCCCCUGCCCUGAUGCUAGUGGUGAAUGGAUCU